AACCUUUUACUUCUUCGAUAUAAGUCCGUAUGACUCUUAAUACUAUGUCUAUGAGCUUCGUGUACCUGGAAGAUCACAUGUUCAGUGCAUAGUCUCUUCAUAAUCCACGAAACUGUAGUGCUUAUAAGCCCCAAAAUGGAGUUUGAACCGCUGGGAAUGGGUAACGAUGUGAUUGAAUUCGAUAUGAUUGGACUUGGAGAUGAUGCGGUUGACAUUGAACAUCCUGUUGAUGGCGAUGACAAUAAGGAUGUCCUUGAUUGCUCUUACGGUGGCGGAGUGGGUGGCGGAAGUGGUGGUGGUGCUGAAAUUUAUGUUCCUGAGGGAGAUAUGGACCUCGAACCUUAUGAAGGAAUGGAAUUUGAGUCCGAAGAGGCAGCUAAAUCCUUCUACAACUCAUAUGCCCGGCGGGUAGGGUUUAGUACUAGGGUUAGUAUGUCAAGGAGGUCGAGGCGUGAUGGUGCAAUUAUACAAAGAUCAUUUGUUUGUGCUAAGGAAGGGUUUCGAGUCGAAAAGGAGAAGCCAGGCCGCGAUAGUGGUAGGGUUAAGCGGCCUCGGGCCGAGACUAGGGUAGGAUGUAAAGCUAUGCUAGUGAUCAAGAUUCAGGAUUCUGGUAGGUGGGUUGUAUGGGGAUUCAUGAAAGAGCAUAACCAUGAGCUUGUUCCGCCUGAUAAGGUGCAUUGUCUCCGUUCUCACCGCCAUGUUUCUGGGGCUGCAAAGUCGUUGAUUGAUACUUUACAGGGGGCUGGUAUUGGUCCCAGUGGAAUUAUGUUGGCUCUGAUUAAGGAGUAUGGUGGAAUUAGCAACGUUGGGUUUACAGAGCGUGAUUGUAGGAAUUAUAUGAGAAGUAGUAAGCAGAGGACUCUUGGGGGUGACACACAGAUUUUAUUGGAUUAUCUGAAAGAGAAGCAUCUGGAGAACCCGGCGUUUUUCUAUGCCGUGCAGGGAGAUGAGGACCAGUGUAUGAGUAAUAUAUUCUGGGCUGACCCUAAUGCGAGAUCUAAUUAUACUUAUUUUGGGGAUACUGUGACAUUUGAUACCACUUACCGGUCAAACAGGUAUAGGUUACCCUUUGCGCCUUUCACAGGAGUGAACCACCAUGGACAUCCUGUGUUGUUUGGGUGUGCUCUUCUGAUUAAUGAAUCAGAGGCAUCUUUUAUUUGGUUGUUUAGAACAUGGCUCAUGGCAAUGUCUGGUCGGUCUCCCAUCUCCAUCACCACCGAUCAUGAUAGGGUGAUUUGUUUGGCUGUUACACAGGUUUUCCCAGAGACUCGUCACCGUUUUUGCAAGUGGCACAUCUUUAAGGAAUGCCAAGAGAAGUUGUCUCAUGUGCUUUCUCAACACCCAAAUUUUGAAGCAGAGCUCCAUAAAUGUGUUAACUUGACUGAGUCAAUUGAAGAAUUUGAAUCUUGUUGGUUGCCCCUGAUUGAUAGAUAUGACCUUGGUGAAAAUGAGUGGCUUCGACUUAUUUAUACUGAUCGCCGACAAUGGAUCCCAGCUUACUUGAGGGACACAUUUUUUGCAGAAAUGUCUAUAACACAACGGAGUGAUAGCAUGAAUUCUUACUUUGAUGGUUAUGUGAAUGCAUCAACUACUCUGCAGCUUUUUGUCAAGCAGUAUGAAAAGGCUCUGGAAAGUCGCUAUGAGAAAGAAGUUAAGGCAGAUUAUGAUACCAUGAACGCUGCCCUAGUUUUAAAGACUCCAUCACCAAUGGAGAAACAAGCAGCCGAGGUUUACACAAGGAAAUUAUUUAUCAAGUUUCAAGAGGAAUUGGUGGAGACACUUACGUUCGUGGCGACCAAAUUAGAGGAUGACGAGGCCAUCACCACUUACCGAGUUGCCAAAUUUGGUGAAAGCCAUAGAGCUUACUUUAUUAGAUAUAAUGUUAGAGAGAUGAAAGCAACUUGUAGCUGCCACAUGUUUGAGUUCUCGGGUCUUCUUUGUAGACACAUAUUGACGGUCUUUAGGGUUACAAACAUUCUUACUCUACCUUCUCACUAUGUUUUAAAACGAUGGACUAGAAGUGCCAAGAGUGGAGUUAUGUUGGAGGAACGUACAUGCGAUGUGUUGAACAGUUCCCGAGAAUCUCUUACAGUCCGGUACAACCACCUUCGUGAUGAAGCCUUAAAGUUCGUAGAUGAAGGUGUGAAGACCGUAGAGAUUUACAAUGUGGCAAUGACUUCUUUACAAGAGGCUGCAAAUAAAGUUGCUAAUGCUAAGAAGAAUGGUGGGAAAAUAGCUUCCGGCAAUGUAGCUAGCAGCGAAGACCGUGCAACUCAAGGAAGUCUUGCAAAAAGCACCACUGGGGAUCAUCAAUGGGGUGCGGAUCAACCUCUUUCUGUGGAUGACCAGGACAAGAAAAUACAGAAACUAUCACGUCAGCUGGAGCGUGCGAAGCGAAAAUGUGAAGUAUAUCGGGCUAACUUGCUUUCAGUUUUGAAAGAUAUUGAGCAGCAGAAACUGCAACUGACCGUUAAAGUUCAGAACAUUAAGCUAGGUAUGAAGGACUAACAUGAAAAAUGGAAUUGCCAUCUCUCACUCUCUCACACACACAAAAAGUACUCUCCAUUUGUUGAGGGUCUAUUCCGCUUUCUUCCUAGACCGUUCCUCACUCAUCGCUCAGGAUGAUAACUCUCCCCAGACCAUAGAAAGGCAUUCUGGUUUGAAUUAUGGACUUGACUAUCGGUAAAAAAAAUUUCGGUACCAUGCCUUUAUGAGGUCAACAGUAACCAUCACACUUUGCCAAAUCUAUGUGGUGGUUAUGGAGUGUGAUGGUUAUUGUUGGUUACUGAAUUUGGUGAGAUUAAUAGGCUUAUGUGGUGAGUUAUAAUUACUUGGUGAUGCCACAUGUUAAAUUUAUGGGUGUCAAUUGUGUCGUG